UAAAUAAAAGCCGAAAGUUAUUACAUCACAGCGCUUCAAAGGUUGCAGUAAGUGACGCUGCUUAUAUCACACUACAGGUUCAACACAGGAUUAACUGAACAAAUGUGAUUAACCAGUGUAAAAAGGAUUUGUAAAACAUUAGUACGCUACAAUAGUACAUUUGUACCUGAAGCGCGGAUAAGACUAAUAUGUAAUAUAUAAUAGAAAAUAGUGUCAUAACGGAAAAAUACAUUUAAUAUUGAAAUAUAUUCUGUAAUUGGCGGAGAAAAAUAAAUACGCGAGACUUCCAAAUAGUAAAACAAUACAGUGCAGUAUUAUUACUGUUAGGACGUGGUAGACAAAAUAAUCAUGAAUGGUGUACACAUGGACGAGUUAGAAAACCUAAAAGUUAAACACGAAAAUGACAUCGAAAAUGAUGGAUCUAGUUCAGAUAGGGACCCAUUGGAUGAGUCUAGUGGCAGUAGUAGUGAAAGAGAAACAUGGGGUGGACGGUUCGAGUUUCUGUUGUCCCUAGUUGGAUAUACAGUGGGUUUAGGAAAUUUAUGGCGGUUUCCAUAUUUCUGUUACCGGAAUGGCGGAGGAAUUGCAAUUAUUCCCUUCCUGCUGUUUUUGCUGAUAUGUGGUGGACCUCUCUAUUAUAUCGAAGUGUGUUUGGGGCAAUUCUCCGGAAAAUCUCCUGUUAAAGUCUGGAACAUUUGCCCGUUAUUCAAAGGUAUAGGAAUGGUUAUGAUAACAACAUCACUCAUCUACGUCUGGUAUUUCGGCACUGCAUUCGGCUGGGUGUUUUACUUCCUGAUAAUGUCUUUUUACCCAACAUUGCCUUGGAGCACUUGUGACAAUAGCUGGAACACAAAGUUUUGUAUAGAUUCAAGAACUAAUAUUACGGAAAAGCUACUGAAUGUCACAGAGAAGUUACAGAAUGUCACAGAGAUAUCACAGCUGAAGACCUCAGGGACUGAAUUCUGGGAACGGAACGUUCUUCGCGUGUCUACGGGUAUUGAUGACAUUGGAUCAGUCCAACUCCACCUUGUUGGCUGCCUGUUUCUCGGCUGGUUUCUGGUAUUCUUGUGUCUUGCUAAAGGUGUCAAAUCUCUUGGAAAGGUUGUAUAUGUCACGGCUACAUUGCCAUACGUUCUCUUGACGGUAUUGCUGAUACGUGGCGUCACACUAGAUGGUGCAUGGGUCGGCUUACAACAUUACUUCGUCCCCGAUUUUAGUAAACUUGCAAACGGAAAGAUGUGGAUGGAAGCUGCAGUACAGUGUUUUUACUCCCUGGGUCCAGCAUGGGGCGGGGUUAUUACCAUGGCAAGUUUCAACAAGUUCCAUCACAAGGCUUUAAGAGAUACUGUUAUAGCCUGUUUUGCGGAUGCAUUCACUGCGAUAUUCGGCGGUAUUGUCGUAUUUUCUGUACUAGGCUUUCUGUCCAAGGAAACUGGAACACCAUUAGAUAAACUCCCAUUCUCUGGUGCGGGAUUAGCUUUCAUAGCAUAUCCGGAAGCAUUGAGUAGACUUCCCGCCCCGAACCUUUGGUCUGUGUUAUUCUUUGUAACACUUGUUUUGGUUGGGAUUGACACGCAGUUUGGGGUAUUUGAGACGACGGCGAAUGCUAUAAUUGACCUGAACUACAGGAAACUGAGUAAAUACCGACUCUGGAUCUCAGCUAGUCUCGUAUCCGGUCUGUUCUUACUGGGCCUGCCAAUUACCACCUCAGGUGGUUACUAUAUAUUUAUGUUGGUGGACUGGUAUGUCGCUAUGUUUGGUGUUGUGUUCACGGCUCUGAUGGAGUGCAUUGUUGUCGCCUGGAUAUACGGUGCAGAUCGUUUGUCAGAUGAUAUCGAGAUGAUGAUGGGGACGCGGCCAUCUCAGCUGCUGAGGAUACUAUGGUGUUUCUGCAUUCCAACUUUUAUAGUGGGAAUAUUGAUCACAACAAUAACGACAUAUUCUGACCCAUCAUUCGGGUACCAGUACCCAGUUUACGCCCUCGUCACAGGAAAUAUAUUUGCGUUUGGACCUGCAAGUUUGAUCAUAGUAGUAAUGGUCUUCCAGCUUUUCAAAGCUAAAGGAACUAUUUCUCAGAGGAUAAGUAGACAACUACAGCCGGCAAGAUCAUGGCUACCAAACGACAGCAAACAGAGAAAGAUAUACCAACAGUGUCCAUAUCAGUAUCAGCACGGACUCAGGGAAAGGUUUCUUACCAAUAUACUCGGUCUGAAACAACACUGAAACUUUGAAGAAUCCAGACUUUCUGGUCUUCAAAGCAGAACAUUAUACAACAAUCUGCUAUGCAGAUUUAGAAUUUUAAAAAGUUCGAAGUGUUUAUGUAUUAAUGUUACGAGAAACUAUAACGAGUGUUCGUGCUUAUAGCUGUUGUCAUGGAUAUCAUGGGUUAGUUAUCGCAUGGCACGAGUUAGUAUCUUGUCGCCAUGAGAUGAAAAAAACACACACUUCCGUCUGAGCUCAGUUUAUAUUCAUUAAAGUUAGUAUAUGCCAAAAUAGACGAACAGAAGAAAGUUUAGACCAAACGAAGGGUAUAAUUAUUUUGCUGAAACAGUUCAUUUCUCCUGCUUGUCAUUAAAUAUUGUUUAUAAAAUAAUUGUUGGUUUACAAAGUUUCCAGAAAAUGAGCAAAAUGAAUAAUUUGAAAGCCGUUCCCAGGCUCCUUAAAAACGUUUAGUAUCAAAGACGUUACUUACAUCCAGCAAACGAUAUUUACAUAUUAUUCCCCACAGUUUUAUGGUCAUAGAAUGUAGAAAAAUAUUAAAAGCAUUGUCAUUUGCCUCAUAAAACCGUAGUACAGAUCUGAAGAUCAAAUAGUUUUAACCUUAAUGUGGCCCCAUUAACAAACAAGAGGACCAUGAUGGUCCUGAAUCGCUCACCUCUUCCCACAUGACCCAGUUUUGAGUAUGACGUCGUUUUUUCUAUUAUCUGACAUAGUGACCUAGUUUUUGAGCUCAUGUGACCCAGUUUUGAACUUGACCUAGAUAUUAUCA